GGGAAAGAUGCCGAAUGGUGUAGGUAUACCGAGUGAAAUCAACGUACCGCAACUAUUUUCGGAUGUAUCGCGUACUUUAAAUGGAUUCAAAAAUCUGUUCAUUCCAUCACCAAGAACUUCUGGAACAGAAAUGCCAGCACAUUAUGAUAUCCCUUCUUUAUCCAAUGCUGUUACUGAUAUUUUCUCGGGCAAUAUGUGUUUUAAAGCGUGUGGUAUGGAAGACAUUCAAAUAGCUGCUCAGAGAGCUGGUGAACUAUUCGUAACUGUCCGGUACUGUAUCAUUACAUUAACAAUAUUCAUCAUUAUUUGUACGAUUUUACUCUCCGUGGCACUCGCUUGGUAUCUAUUCAAGACAACGUUAAUUUUUGAUGGACGCUCUGGAUUACCUAUCAAAUCAACAUUCAAUGAAACAUCGAUGUUCAAUCACAGUCGUUAUCAGAAAACUCGAUCGCUAACUCCAGCGAGAGAAAAUAUUAGAAACUGAUUUUCUGCUGAUUUGCUGAAUAAUUGAAUAGCAAACUGCGUCCAGAAUUUCUUCAUCAUAAAUUGUAACAUUAGUAUGGAAGAGUAUUAAGUACUGAUUUUAGGAUCGAGAACGGCAG